ACAACAGUGGGCAUCCGAAUUGAGCAAUGUCCACCAGCAACAUGCCUCAAGGCUCCUAUGAAGAGAUAGCUUCCAUCGAGCACAUCCGCGGCCUAAUCGCUGAAGCACGCAGAGACAUCCCGGAGCGCAUCUCAUUGCAGAGAGAAUGAGGCAAGAAUGCUGGGCCGCCAAAAACGCGGAUGAGGUCACCAGGCUCAUAAGCAACACACGGGGAAGGGGAGCAGUCGACGAGAUGGUGCCGGAUCGUGACUGGAGCAAGGUCGCCGUUUGGAGGAGCCGCCAAGCAGCUCUAUGUCAACUAUGCAAAGAGCUAGAGCGACCAGCUCCCUAUUACCAGAUCCAAACACGAGACUUCACCAUUGUGGGAGUUGUUCACAGGUUCUUCAUCCUCAUUCCUCCGGGAACGCGCACAGGUGCUCUCUCUGCAGUCGGCAGAUUCUCCACGGACCCCCACCUUACCCGGGAAGAUGGCGCGUCGGAGAUGAUACGGCUAUUACUGGAGAUUUCUGGUAAGCACCUUGAUGACUACAACUACGAUCUCCUUGACGAGUCCCUCGCAGUCAACUAUGAUCUACAAUGGGAGAUCGGGGCGGUGAAAUCCAGCGAUUGGGAGCUUCGUUCCUCAUACAGGUAUGUCCUCCGGUGUAACAACCCGGAGUUGGUCGACUCUGACUCUGACUCUUCGUAAUAAUGUGGGGAAGUACCAAUAUAACCAACCAUGCCUCGAAACACAAUAGCCAAACUG